AUAGAAACUUUUCUAUAUUUUCACUCUAAAAAAAUUUUUAGUCUUAUAUAAAGAAAAUAAGUGAUUUUUUGUAGCAACCACACUCUAUUCAUAUCCAUAUUUUCGACUAGAUCCCUACUGUAGAUUCAUAAGAUGCCACAUCAAUAACGAACUGAACGGAUGAACGGAUAGCUAAAGCAUCAGAUGGAGUAUUACUAGACAAACGCUCCAGGUUUAAGACAGGCCAAAAGAUUCAUAAGCAAAUCAGCUAAAACUCUGAGGGACGUCUCUUGAUGACCUUAAACGAUAAAUGUUGGUCGAUCUUCUGUCAGCUCACUGUCCUAUCAAAUACCACCUUAAGAUGAUAGGUAUGACAGAGCAUCACAAUAGUCUUCUUUGUAAGGAGUCUACAUAUUUCAGAAACAGAACAAUGCAGACAUGCAGAGUGGCUGAAAAGCCAAAAUGACACCCGAAACAAUCUACAAGAAUGAUGUUUUGAUUUUGCUUCAACUACUUCUAGUUGUUAUCCAUAGGUUACGAUUCAAGACUUUUGUACUUUUUGUAUUUUUUCUUCUUCCAUUCUUCAAUUCCAUUUUGUAUAGGUAUCUAUUUUUUUUCGUGAACCUCAACCAUACCACUCUUUUAGCUUUCAUGAAACUUCUUACUAAUAGCUAUUCAUAAAGAUUGUCCAACUCUUGGUUAGUUCCGUUGUUCCAAAGUCCUUUCUUUUCCAUAUUCCUAAAGACUUUCGUCAAUACCUCUAUUUACCAUAGACCCAGUUAUGUUCCUUUUGUCUUUGUUAAACUUCCAGAAACUUUUUAUAGUAAAACAAAUGCUAACAUACCCCAAGUCGAGUUUUCAACAUUAAUAUCCAAAUAAAAUAUAGAUUUUGCCUUUAGUAAGAAUUGUGUAACAUUUUAUAAUAACUAUCAGGAUAAGUGAGGUUAAAAAAAAUGCACAGCUCAUAUGGCGGGUCAAAUACUUCAACGACAAAUAAUACAAUAACUACUUGGUCAAAUCCAUCAACAACUAUAGCUUCAAUGUCAUCGUUAUAUGCCGCAUCUGGACACCUUCCUCUUCCAUAUCCGGGAUUUGAUCAUGGAGCAAACUCAUCUUCGGUUUAUCCCCAAGCUUCAAUGUUCCAGUUUCCACAUUAUACACCUAUGCAUAUGUCAUUUGAUUAUCAGCAGAUUUUCAUGCAUAAAUCUGCUAUGCAGAUGCAUGCCAGAGACCUAGCGGGACGUUCCGAAGUGAAACCUCACCAAUGCCAACAAUGUCUCAAGUCAUUCAGCAGCAAUCACCAACUUGUGCAACAUAUCCGAGUACAUACUGGCGAAAAACCUUACAAAUGUUCCUAUUGUGACAGGAGGUUCAAACAACUCAGUCACGUUCAACAACACACAAGACUUCAUACGGGAGAACGUCCAUACAAAUGCCAUCUCCCAGACUGCGGUAGAGCCUUUAUCCAACUGUCCAAUCUUCAACAGCACCUUAGAAAUCACGACGCGCAAGUGGAAAGGGCGAAAAAUAGACCAUUUCAUUGCAACAUAUGUGGAAAGGGUUUCGCAACUGAGUCUAGUUUAAGGACGCACACGUCAAAAGUAAGCCAUUGUAUUGGUCGUUUGCAGCAACAUGCAGCCUUGAUUGGUGGACCGAACGCGACGUCGUGUCCACUCUGUCACAAGAUGUUUCUUGGCGGUGAAGCACUUAUGGAACAUAUGAAGCACACCCACAAAGAUCCCAAUGCCUCAGGGGUAGCAACGAAAAGGAGAACUGCCAAUCAUCCAUGUCCCGUUUGUGGGAAACACUAUGUCAACGAAGGCUCUUUGAGAAAGCAUUUAGCUUGUCACCCCGAAACAUCGCAAUUGUCGAGCUCCUUGAGAAUGUGGCCAUGUUCUGUAUGUCAAGCCGUUUUUACUCAUGAAUCAGGAUUACUAACGCAUAUGGAACAUAUGAGAAUGGAUCCCAAACAUCAAUUCGCCGCUCAAUACGUUCUCUCCAGAGCAGCUGCUGAAAGAAGGGAAAGAGAAAGUAUUCUUGCGGCUGUAACAUCUGCCUCUGGAAGCGGUCUACUCAGUUUAGGAAUGGGACCAGCGAGUGGCAGUCCCAUGUGUGCGUCUCCGAGUGCUCAUAGUGAUAGUUCUUCAGGCAACGGAAGAUUGUCGUCAGCAGGCUCGGAAGGAGGAUUGAACAACAAUAAUAAUAACUGCAAUACAAAAUUAGGUGAUAUCUUAAGAAGUAAUAAUGGACUUCAUCAACAAUAUAACGUAGAAGAUCAACUGCAUACGGCAAAUAGAAUGGCUGUUUUAGCGAAUAUGGUAGGCCAAGGCGGGGUACCUCCUGGUCUAGGUUCGGAUUCAUCCGCAGCUGCCAAUAUAACUGCCGCCAAUCUUGCCAAUUUAGCUAUGAGGCUUGGUGUAACACAAGCAAAUCAAGUUAACAACACCAGUAAUCCAUCAACGCCUCCUAUAACCAACGAUACCCUAUCGCUUUCCAUGAAUGCCAUGAACGCAAUGCGUGCGUCUAUGGACAGUAUUCGAAAUAUGGACGUAAUGAGAUCGUCCGUUAUGGAUAUGUCGUCGUCGCAGCAAUCGCAACAGCAGCAAGAAGCGCUUAGAAUGCAACACGCAGAAGCGCUGAUUAGAUCACAAGCUGAGACCGCGUUAAGGCUAGCGAUGAGUCAGGCCUUGCCUCAGCUUAGUCAACACCAACAAGAAAGUAAUCAUAGUCCGCUGCGUCAUAACGGAAAUUACCAGGGUCAUCAAGGUCAAUCAUCGCAACAACUAAGUCCGGAUCUAACUGAAGCUUUAAGGUUGCAAGAGCAAAGGCUAGAACAAGCUUUAAGGCUACACGGAGGCGAUCCAAGGACGUUAGGGUUUCCACUAUCAAGUCAACAACAGAAUUCCCAACCAUGAAAUUUUAGCUACUACUGAACGCAUAACACGUAAAGAUGCCUUUAAAAAAACUGUAAUUUUCUUUGCAUGUUUAAUACGCUUAAAAGCUAAAGUCUGUCCCAGUGAGCGUAUGUUCUACCGCUUGAGAAAACCGUAUACUAUGUGGAUGAUUGAACAAUACGUUUUAUUAAUUACUUGAA